GAAACUGCACCAGUUGAGACUGAAUGUGAGAAGGACCUAGCUAUGUCUCGGCGUCGUCCCAUGACAACUGGGUCUGUCCGGUCGACUUCUGUUGUUGGUGCUCUGAGAGUCCGUCCAGGCAGCCGUCCAGGAUCUGCACGUGAGUGGUUUGAGGCAUACAAUCAACGGAGAAAUGAAGAAGCGUGGCGGAUGGAGGAAUGGAAAAAUACGGUCAAUCUGCACAAAAAGAGAGAAUGGCAAGCACAAUAUUAUAACACCAUAGCGCAACCACGACAAAAAAUUUCAGAUGAAGAGGAGUGGAGACAGAAAGAAGAAAAGGAGCGUCAAUUGGCUGACCGGAGAACACGACUUCAAAACUUACUCCUGGAAGAUGAGCGGAAAUAUCAAGAGGAAAGAGAACAAAGAUAUAAAGAAUCCAGAGGACGGACGCUCCACCAUCACUUUGUUUACCCUGAGGUUGAGAUGCUAAAAUACCGCUUGGACGGCCUGAAGAAAAAGAACCAAGAAGAACGGAAAAAAAUGUCUGAUGCAUUGUCGUAUGAGGUGUGGAGGAAGAACAGUCCACAAAUGAGGCAGAUGGAGUCAGACAGGUUCAACCACUUUGUCCAAGAAGCUUGGGUCAAUCAAAGGCAGUGGAAGGAAGACGAAAGACAGCGGAGAUUAGAAGAAGAUCGAAAGAAAGAAAUUGAAGCAGCAGCUCUACAGCAACAUCUAGAGGAAGAGGAGAAAAAAGCAGAAGAAGAGAAAUUGAAGAAACAAGCAGAAUGGAAAGUUCAUUUAGAAGCUCAAGUUGAACAGAUAAAGGAACGAGAGAGACGUGAUGAUGCCCUCAGAACAGAGGAGAUGGCACUGGAGAGAGACAGAUUACGACUGCACGAAAUAAAUCAGAGACGAGAGCGAAUGAAGGAGCUGAGGCAACGCAAAGAACUGGAGUUAUAUUGGGCACGUCAGUUUCAGUUAAAGCUGAAAAAAAAAGCUGCAGACAUUCAACAAGAAUUGUUGGAAGAUGAAGGUAUUGUAGAGGAUUUACUGAGAGGCCUCCCAGAUGAGGACCCAGAUGAGCAGGUGAAACAAAGGAGAGCAGAAGCAGAGUGGAUGAGAACAGUUUUAAGGGAACAACGGCGUUUAGAGUUGAUGCGAGAGAAGGAGUAUGAGCUGCUGUUCAGUGAAGAAGCAGAGAGGUUAUGGCGGAAGAGACAGGCAGAAUGGGAGAAAGAGCAAAAAGCACGUGACAAGUUGAUGGCAGACGUCAUCAGGGGGCUCCAGCAACAGGUACAAGUCAAUUUUUCCAAAAAUAUCAGUGAAAGAAAAUUGCUUGACUUGGAGAAGAAUGAAAUUCAACGUUCCAUUAUUGAGACCCGAGAGGAGAUGGAGCAGCUGGAGAAGGAAGAAGCUGAAAGACGACGGAAACACAGCAUCAUUACAGCUCACUCUCAACCAUCGACAAGGAUGAUGCAUGAGGCAGCUAUUCUCAGAAGAGAUCGACAAGAGGAGGAGAGAAAGUUGGAGGAACAUCGCCGAGAGAUUGAACGUAUAGAGCAACAAAUGCAACAACUGUGGGGUCCUCAGUAUGCCCCUCCGCGUUAUGGUCGCAAGAGGUUUGCCUGGUGACCUGCCAAGUCUAGACAUAUCUAUGACGACUUUUUGAAGUGUCAUCUUCCAAGUAAAUGGUUCCUUGUUAACCAAUUAAUGUGUUCAACUUAUUUUUAAAUAGUGAUGCUUAGUUGUAUAAAAAAGAGAAAUAUUUUGUGUAAAGUACCUGUACAGUGCAUGUUUUUUUUACAAACCAGUGAUAGUGUUAUGGAUAAUUAAUGCUUUUUGUUCAUCACCAUAUAUUUGUACAUUAUUUGUAUUUACCAUGUUCUCUGAUAGACAUGUUUUUUUCAUUUUCUUGUAUGUCUCAUUUUCUUAUUUUUUUACAGAUUAAAAUCACUUGUAGAAAUGUUAAGAUGUUGACAGAAUACUGUAUGUGGGAUGGAUUGUUCUCCCUUCACUCAGGAGAUCCUAUUUUUGUAUUAAUAACUAACUAAUAAAUAUACUCAACAUUUUAAUAAUUACAAGAGCACUUUUUAUAGAUUACACUUGUAUAAACAGUAAAUUAAGAAUGAGCUGUAUAAUGAGCUGCACCUUAUGAAUGGAAGUAUGACUGUCCAUCCAUUAUGUAGGUUGGACCUCACUAAUCUAGGAAGCUUAGGACCAGACCGGUUCCGGAUUAGCAAACAUUCCGAACCGUUGAAUUUGAGGUAAAAAAAUUUUUUUUAAUAAAAUAAAAAAUAAUGCAUAAAAUGUACUAUGACUGGUACCAAUGUUAGAGUCUGUUUUCCUUCCCGGUACUUCAGAUUUAUUUAAUUAAUUCUUCUUUUCUA